UUUUUUAUUAAUUCCUUUAUAUAACCAUCCUUUAAUAUUGAAUAAUAAGGAUUUUUUACAUUACCAAAUACAUCUUCUAUUAAACCUAUUACAGUCUUCUUUUCUGUAAAUAAUACACUAUCUAAAUCUAAUAUUAUUUAUUGAUUUCCUUAUACUACUAUUUUAUCUUCAAUUAUUCCUUCUACUCUACCUAUUUCUUCGAUUUAUUGAGUUUCUUACUCUUCUUUUUUUAAUUCUAUUCCUAAACGUUUUAAUCUUUAUUCUUCGUUUUCUUCAAUUUAAAUUUCUUUAGGGACUAAAACUUCAUUUUUAGUUUUCAAAAUUUCUCCUUUAUUAUUUUAUUCUUCAUCUGAGAAAAUAUCUUCCAUAUAAGCAUUUAUCUUUUCUUUGUUUAUAUUUGAAUUUUCUUAUUAUUCUUCUAGAUCUGUAUUUUAACAACUAGAACUCCAUUCAGAUUAAUUAGAGUCAUUAAAGUAAUAAAUGACUUGAUUUGUUUGUUCUUUAUCUAAAAUUUACUCAUUUGUAUUAUUUAUUUCUU